AGCACACAUCAUGGAAGCCUAACUUGACGAGUACAGUAUGUCGAGACGAGCUUUCCUCAGACAACAUCAGGCUCUGCAGUGUUUGGGAACAGGGCUCGGUUGUUCUGUACUGUUGAGAUCUAUCGCUACUCACAGGCUGCCUCCUCACGCAGAUGAAGCGUCACUUUAUGUCCAUUGGCCAUAUUGCCUGAAAAGAUGCUCUUACUGCAACUUCAACAAGUAUAUUCCUCGGAGUCAAAACCAUGCGGUCAUGACAGAAUGUCUGCAGAAAGAGACACAAACCUUACUGCAACUCAGCCAAGUGUCCCGGAUCAGCUCAGUGUUUUUUGGAGGAGGAACACCUAGUUUGGCUCAGCCCUCCACGAUCGCCGCUGUCUUGGAGACUGUUUUCAAAAACGCCCAUCUCUCAGAUGAUGCAGAGGUCACUCUGGAAGUGAAUCCUACACCUGCUGGAAAAGCUAGUCUGAAGGACUUCAUGUUAGCAGGAGUUAACCGGUUUUCUGUUGGAAUUCAGUCACUGAAUGAUGAUCACCUGAGGACACUAGGGAGGGAUCACAACUCCCUGGAUGCUCUCCGGACAGUGUCAGAGGCCAGGACGCUCUGCCCGGGACGUGUGUCUGUAGAUGUCAUGUUUGCUCUUCCGGGUCAAAGCGUAAAGUCAUGGGAGAGUGAGCUGGAGAAAUUGCUGCCGGUUUGUGACGAUCAUGUUUCACUGUAUCAGCUGACUUUGGAAAGGGGUACCCAGCUUUUUAAACAGGUUGAAACCGGGGAACUAAACGUGCCUGGUGACGAUGUCACUGCUGACAUGUACGAAUCAGCACGCAGAGUUUUAGAGAAGGCUGGGUUUUGCCAGUAUGAGGUGUCCAACUUUGCCAAAAAUAACGCUGUCAGCGAACACAAUGUCGGGUACUGGAGGGGACAUCAGUACAUCGGUGUAGGCCCAGGGGCUCAUGGGCGCUUUGUGCCGCGUGCAGUGGGAGGAGCUCAGAGGGAAGCACGAACCCAGACUUUAGAGCCAGAUGUUUGGAUACGAGAGGUUCAGCGCCACGGUCACGGGACGCGCCGUCGGAUACAGCUUGACCACCGUGGCCUGCUGGAGGAGGUUUUGGUCAUGGGUCUGCGUAUGAAUGAAGGAAUCACCCUGCAGCACUGGGAGUUAUUCAGCCCAGAAGCUGACCUCCAACACAUUUUUGGGAUGUCAGAAAACGUCCAGGAAUUGCAAGCAGGCGGGCUUCUAAUGCUUAAUGACAGGGGUUUGCGGUGUUCCUGGGAAGGAUUAGCGUUACUGGACAGCAUCUUACCCACAAUGCUGCUAGAAUUAGAGACGUUUUUCCAAAGCAGGGUUUCUGUACAUCAGCAGGAACACAGACUUUUACAGACCGUUGACCGAUGACCGUUUACAUCGGAGAAACAUGAGACAGAGAUAAUGGGUAAUAAGGUAAGCAUGAAGCAAAUGCAUCCAUGAUUGAAGAAGUUUACUCUUGAAGAAGGAACGUGUGUCAAUGAC